AUGGUUUCAGACAUAAAUGAGUGUGAAGGAGGAACUCACAAUUGCAGUUCUAAUGCGGUUUGUAAUAACACCAAAAGAUCCUACAACUGCACAUGUAAACCAGGAUAUGAAGGGGACGGAAAUAAUUGCACAGGUGAUAUUUUUCGUACUUUAGUCAUUUUGCAUGCCAUCGAAAACAUUGCUGUUUUUAUUUUCCCGUGAUAAGAUGCUUUUUCUUGCAAUUCUCAGCUAGAUAGUAGACCAUAUUACCUCAAAAACUUAAGUGGAAAGGUUAAUGCUUGGCACCUUGUAUUUUUAUUUUUUCGUCUCCUUACAUGGCCGGCAUCAUCAGAUACUUUGCUUUUUUAUGUUUUCUCAUGCAUUUCUUUUACAACUUUCUACUUAAUGCUAGCCUCACUUUUUAGAAAGCUGAGAGGAAUUCACUCUGCAAACUAAGCUCAUCUCCAUUGUUCAAUAUGCCUGAUUUCAGACAUCAAUGAGUGUGAAGGAAUAACUCACAAUUGCAGUUCUAAUGCGGUUUGUAAUAACACCAAAGGAUCCUAUAACUGCACAUGUAAACCAGGAUAUGAAGGAGACGGAGAUAAUUGCACAGGUAAUUCUUUCAUAACUUCGUCAUUUUUCAUACCAUCGAAAGCAUUGCUGUUUUUAUUUUUCCAUGGAAAGAUGCUCUUUAUAGGAAUUCUUUGCUAGAUAGUAGACCAUAUUACCCCAAAAUGUUAAGUGGACAGGUUAAUGCUUAGUACCUUGUAUUGUAAAUGUUUUGUCUCCUAACGUGGCCGGCUUCAGAAACUUUGCAUUUUUGUUUUUUCUCAUGCAUUUCUUUUACAACUUUCUACUACUAGUAAUUGAAAUUUAAAUCUCCUGUCCCUCCUCCACAAAACAUCUCAGAAGGGGGACGCACCUUUGCAGUGAGAACUGCUAGGGACGGAAUAACUUACCCCGAACCCUAAUAAGAACUAAGAAGACUUUGAAAUCCUUCAAGUCAGUACUGUGGAAAGUACUAUUAAAUUCCCAAAAGAUUAAGGGAUCUUUUGAAUUAUUAAUUAAUGAUAUCACUUUGUUCUCUUGAGUAUUUAUCCUCACUGCCCUUGAUUUUUAACUAUUUUUCUCGUUAGUCGAAUACUUGUAAAAUUUUUAUUGUACACAUUUUUAUUGUAAAUAGUAACCUAUCCCUAGUUUUUAUGUCAUUGUAUUUUUAAUUUAUUUUCAGAGGGCCACAAGUUUAUCAGUAAUUUUAAUUACUGUCACGUGUAACCCUCGUUACAUUAAGUCGCUUAUCUUAUCUUAUCUUAAACCGUCGUUGUGUGCCCCUGAACAAAAGCAAUGACUAUGACGUGAGUUUUCUCAAUUUCAAUGGCUAAAAGAUGUCUUUUGGUACCUCUAUGGUCGCUCAAUCUCGUUCCCAGGGUUCUCUCCUACCGGUCGAGGACCGGUAGGAGAGAACCCCAGGAACCAGGUUGAGUUGUGUACUGCUAAGUACUGCUUACUACUAAAGGCUUUUGAAAAAAAGAAGAUUGUGUUCAAUUAACAGCUUUGAACUUUAAGAAUAUUUCAUUUUUACUUGGUAAUGUAAUUAGAAGUGUACAGUAGUCUACUAGUGUUGUUAAUCGCAUUUAUCAGGGGCAGGGGAGGAAGAGAGGUCACUAAUAAAAUAAGCUCCUACAUUUCCAGAGCGCAACUGAAAAUAAUGCUAAUUUGUAAUAGGAAGUCCAAAUUAGUAGGCGGGCAGAUCAAUUAUAUCUAGUUAUGAAAUCCACAUUGAGACUUCAGUCGCUGGAAUUCAUAAAAGGGAUAUGCAGAGGUCCAGGUAAGUACAUAGGAAGUCCAGCGAUCUCGAGGUUAAUUUGUCACUACUACUAGUCUAGCUACAAACGUACAGUAAGUAAAAUCUUUUAUAUUUUUAGUAUGAGAACAAUUUUUAUCUGUCUUGUUGAACAAUAAUAACAUGUUAAUCUUUUUCAUCUUUACGAAUACUGAAAAACACCAACUUAUGGUUGUGCUAUACUGUCAUGUCAUUUGAGGUCAGGCCAUUGGGCAUUCAUUUUCGUCGCUUUUGUUUUUCAGAUAUCGAUGAAUGCGCCACUGGUGCUCACGACUGCUCGCUUGACGCAUCCUGUAGUAAUACUAACGGCUCUUUUGUCUGUUUCUCCGAGUUCGGAUGUAAAGUUGAUGGUGUUACCAAACUUAUUAGUAAGUUAAUAUAAACGAUUUGUGUGACCAGCUUGAUAUAGUACAGGUAUUUGUGAACUUCUGAAGAACUAGCAGGAAAGAAAUAGCUCUAAAGAAAAUGACAACUUUUCUUAAUGUGAAGAUGUUUGUGGAGGACCACAUCAAGUAGAUUAGACAAACCUACAUCGCCAAUUCAGGUUACACGUAAAUUUUUUUAUUAUCACUUCUUGGUAUGAUAUCGCCCAAGAAGAACAUUAAGCCACUCACAGAUGAUUGCUUCUACUGUUUUAUUUACAGAAUUUAAAGGCUACAAUCAUUCUUGUGCAGCGAAUUCAUGUGAAGACGUCUUGAUCAAUACACCGUAAGGCAAACCUUCUUUCCUCUUAAAAUUUCAGUUGUGCCGAGUUAAAAAUACUCCAAUCGUACAUGAAGAUUUAUAAAAUAACUAAGAAAGUACGCACGUUCUAAUUGUUUAAAAACCUUUGGUUUAUUGUGCCGGUAAACUCAUAGGAAACUUAAAGUUAUUUUAUAAAAGCAAUAGACCACACUUUUUAUGGGUUUACUGGCGUAAUAACCCACGGGAGAUGUUGGGAGAACACGAGAAAAGCUUGUAAAUCACAAGCCGAAGGCGAGUGAUUUACAAGCUUUUCGAGUGUUCUCCCAACAUAUCCCGCGUGGGUUAUCACGCCGGUAAACCCAUAGACAGUGUGUUCUAUUGCUUAAAUGAGACCCGUGCGAGGUUUGGAGAGCACGGAGGGCAUAAAUCUCAAGUGCGUGGGACUGGUUAAUUGGGAAACAAUAAACAAACAAAUUUAACAAUUGAACCUACCCCAAAAACAAAAGUAGCUGCAACCCACAGGGGUCCAAGUAGAGGCUUUGAGGAGCUGCAAGGGUACUGAACUCUAACCUGAUCGGUCUACUUCAAACCGAUGGGGUAUUUUCAAAUGGCUUUACCCUAGCUUCUUUCAGAACUGGGCACACCUUGUUUCUUUUUGCGCUGAAAACGUAAACAUAUUGUACACUUUUUACGUUUCAGUGGAUCUAAAAGUGGAGCAUACCACCUUAAAACUAAGGAGCUAGAGACAGCAUUAACAUACUGCCACAUGGAAGAAAUUUCUGGAUGCGGAGGUGGCGGAUGGACUUUAGUCAUGAAAAUCGACGGAGCAAAGGUAGAAAAAGUUUAUAAAACCGCGCGGAAAAUAUCGAGGUUUUUUUUCUAAUCUGUCCGUCGAAGAUUUCAUAGCACUGAUUGCCAAAAGGCACGCAUUUUUAAUAUACUAUUCCUCGAUACAAUCUAAGGUCUUCUGAUGAAAAACUAUUACUUCAACAUCCCAAUAUAAGAACUCUCGAUACUCCUGGUGACCGUUCAUUUACCGCCGCGGCACCAAAGCUAUGGAACAAUCUAACCGUGGUUAUCCACCAUGCCAUCAACGUUGCCGCUUUUAAACGCCUCCUGAAAACCCAUCUAAUGUAUUAGGAAAGUGUAAGGCUGCUAGUAGUUUAUUCCCAUUUUAUGGCUUGCUUAGGAAUCUGAUACCCAAUCCUUCGUUUCCCUAUUUUUACUGUGAACUGUUUUAUGCAAAUUCAUGCACAUGUAAUAUUCGAUUCGUCUUUUUAUUCAUACAUAUAUAUAUAUAUAUAUAUAUAUGUUACAUAUAAAUACUUGUAUUCUGGGUAUAACGUAUUUCGUAGAGCGCUCAAUUCAUUUAAUUGAAGAGCAUUUACUAUUAAUUAUCACAGGAGUUCAGGCUUAAGGAGUAAUCAUUGAUCGUUUAUUGCGACAGUGCUGUUUUGUUUGGCCCGAAAUUGAAGGACCACACUCAUCAGGCAAAAUUAAAAAAAUUAAAAGCUGGCAGUAAAAUUUGGGUGGUUGUUAUAGGGAUGCGUUAAGAGAUUGUAUCUAGGUAACAGAUGGAUUGUGUCUUAGUUACGUUUCGGCUGUGAUUAUUAAUAGUCAAUGCUCUCUCUCUCUCCCUCUCUCUCUAUAUAUUCUUAUUCAUUAUAUAUUUAUUGUAAUCACUCUAAUCAUAGUUAGGAGAGGAGACUGGUUAGGAAACACGGAAAACAUCAAAGUUGAAAAAAGGGUGUUGUUGGUUAUGUUGGAAGCUCCCUGACCAUGCACAAUCCUUUGUUUUUUGUUCACAAAUUAUGACUGAAUCAAUCAAUGCGAUGUCCCUAUUGGUCAAUAAUUUCAAAAUGAUAGGGAUGCUAUUGAACGUUGUGCACAGUCAAGUCCAAAAAAGCUAACAAAAACAUAUAACAAAGGGUUUCCCAACCAUCCCAGGUCACUAUAUAACUAUGCUUUGACAUCUCUGCUUGCUGGAAGUUUCAUUUAUAUUUAUGUAUCUUUAUUUUUAAAUCUUUUAUUUAUUUUUCAAGACUACCUUUUCGUAUAAUGCGGAUCUAUGGAGCAACAAAAUGGUGCAUAAUCAAAAUUCUGGUGAAUAUGGGCUAGAUAACCUAGAGGCGAAGAUGCCAAGUUUCUGGAGCAAUCCGUUCACCAAACUUUGUCUUGGAAUGCGAGUUGUAGGAGAGCAAAUAAAUUGGAUACUUGUUAAUCACAGUGCAGUUUCCCUCCAUGAUCUUCUGUCAAACAACAACUACACACAAACACAAGUCGGAAGGGCUACAUGGAAAUCACUUGUGAAUAAAUCCUCGCUUCAAAACAACUGCAAUAUGGAGGGUUUUAAUGUAGUUUCGCAUACUGGAAAAGACAACUCUGCUAUCACCAGGAUUGGCAUCAUUAGCAACAAUGAAAACGAUUGCAGUUCAUGCAAUUCAAGGAUUGGAUUCGGUUCUGCAGGGAGCAGGGGACAACAAAAGGGAUCAAACUCCUGUGGAAAUGAGGCAGGAAACUUUGCUGACAAUGGAGAGAAGCACUUCAAAGCAAAUUGUUACAUAUUCGUUCAGUAA